UAGUCAGUCAGCUCGCCUGCAGCCGGCGGGCCGCGAGUCGCAGAGGGCCAGAGCCCUGGACGCCGGCGCCUCCUCCUGCCAUUGUUCAUCCCACAGCUGCAGCGGCGGGCGGGCGCAGGACCCUGGGCCCCGGGGCCGCGGCACCAUCAUGACAACAGAGAAGAGUUUAGUGGCCGAGACUGACAAUUCACAACACCAACAACAGAAGGACGAGGGCGAGGGGGUUACGAACUCAGGCCAGCAAGAGGCUCAGCUGGAAGAGGCUUCUCAAGCAGCAGCCGAGGGAGAAAAUCAGUGUGAGCAGAAGCUGAAAACGUCUAAUGGAGACACUCCCACCCGCGAGGACUUGACCAAGAACAGGGAGCGGACGUCGGAAAACAGGGGCCUGUCACGGCUCUUCUCCUCAUUUCUCAAGAGGCCUAAAUCGCAGGUCUCUGAGGAAGAAGGCAAAGAAGUAGAGUCAGCCAAAGAGAAAGGUGAAGGAGGUCAGAAAGAAACAGAAUUGGCCACCAGUCUUGAUGAAGAGAUCAUUUUAAAGGCCCCAAUUGCAGCUCCUGAACCUGAACUCAAAACAGACCCAUCCUUGGAUCUUCACUCAUUAAGCAGUGCAGAAACACAGCCUGCUCAGGAAGAACAGAGAGAAGAUCCAGAUUUUGAAACUAAGGAAGAAGGAGUUGAAGAGUGCUCUAAAAUAGAAGUGAAAGAAGAAAGUCCUGAAUCAAAAGCCGAAAGAGAAACAAAAGCUUCCCAUAAAUCCAUCAGAAGACACAGAAACAUGCAUUGCAAGGUUUCUUUGUUGGAUGACACAGUUUACGAAUGUGUUGUGGAAAAACAUGCAAAGGGACAAGAUUUGCUUAAACGAGUAUGUGAACACCUCAAUCUUUUGGAAGAAGACUACUUUGGUCUGGCCAUUUGGGAUAAUGAAACCUGCAAGACAUGGCUGGACUCUGCCAAAGAAAUAAAAAAGCAGGUUCGUGGUGUCCCUUGGAAUUUCACAUUUAAUGUAAAGUUUUAUCCACCUGACCCAGCACAGUUAACUGAAGAUAUAACAAGAUAUUAUUUAUGUCUUCAGCUUCGGCAGGACAUAGUUGCAGGACGUCUGCCUUGUUCCUUUGCAACCUUAGCAUUACUAGGUUCUUACACCAUCCAGUCUGAGCUGGGCGACUAUGACCCAGAACUCCACGGUGCGGAUUAUGUUAGUGAUUUUAAACUGGCCCCAAAUCAGACCAAGGAACUUGAAGAGAAGGUCAUGGAGCUGCACAAAUCAUACAGGUCCAUGACUCCAGCUCAAGCUGACCUGGAAUUUCUUGAGAAUGCCAAAAAGUUGUCCAUGUAUGGUGUUGACCUUCACAAAGCAAAGGACUUGGAGGGAGUGGAUAUCAUCCUGGGCGUCUGCUCUAGUGGCCUUCUGGUUUACAAAGAUAAACUGAGAAUUAACCGCUUUCCCUGGCCCAAAGUGCUGAAGAUUUCUUAUAAACGUAGCAGCUUUUUCAUCAAGAUUCGGCCUGGAGAGCAAGAACAGUAUGAGAGUACCAUUGGAUUCAAACUUCCCAGCUACCGAGCCGCUAAGAAAUUAUGGAAAGUCUGUGUAGAGCAUCACACAUUUUUCAGGUUGACGUCUACAGACACCAUUCCUAAGAGCAAAUUUCUUGCACUGGGAUCCAAAUUUCGAUACAGCGGUCGAACUCAGGCUCAGACCAGGCAAGCCAGCGCCCUGAUCGACAGGCCCGCUCCUCACUUUGAGCGCACAGCAAGCAAACGCGCAUCCCGGAGCCUCGAUGGAGCGGCCGUCGAUUCCACAGACCGAGGUUCUCGGCCCACUUCUGCACCAGCCAUUGCUCAGAGACAGGACGCAGAAGGCAGUGUGCCAGGCGCGCCUGCCAAGAAAACAGUGGCUUCUAAAGACCAGGAGGAAACAGUGAAGGUUGAAGUGGAAAAGGAAGAAGUACCUCCCGAACAAGCUGAGCCAGAGGCCACAGAAAUAUGGCAGAAAAAGAGAGAGAGACUAGAUGGUGAAAACAUUUAUAUCAGACAUAGCAAUUUAAUGUUGGAGGAUUUAGACAAAAGUCAAGAAGAGAUCAAAAAACAUCACGCCAGCAUCAGUGAGCUGAAAAAGAACUUUAUGGAAUCUGUCCCAGAACCACGGCCUAGUGAAUGGGAUAAACGCUUAUCCACUCACUCCCCGUUCCGAUCACUUAACAUCAACGGCCAAGUCCCCACAGGAGAAGGAGUGCAGAAAACCUCUGUCCUUCCCUCGGAAAGAAAGGUUGGUGGGCCAGAGAAUGUAAAUGGCAUUCGCACAGAGGAGGCGGCUCCCGUGACACAGGGGCCAUCUGCCACCCCUGACUCUGAAUGGGCGGGCCCCGAGCACUCAGUAAUUCCUAGUCAGAGCCAGAGGACCGCCCCACCGGAGUGGCCACAAAGCUUUGACUUUGGCCCCCUCUCCAUAAGCAGCAAGGAGGCAGAAGAGAAGGAGCAGGGGGAAGCUGGCUAUCUUGAUAUUAAGGAAAUGCCAAGAGCCCCGAGUGGGGAAUGUGUAGGAGAGGAGGAUCAGGCCGGUGCCUCACAGGUCCCAGUGUCGCCAGCUUCCUCUCAGCUGCAACUCGGUGAGACAAAGGCAGAGAGUAGUGAAGAGCGUGCCACACCAGGAGAGCCGCUGGGAAAGCAGGACGGGCCAUUUCUUGACUCCCGUGUGGGUAACCAGUUCCCCACCCUCAUUCGAAGUUUCCAGCCUCCCCUGGUGAAGACCCAGACCGUCACCCUCUCAGAUGCUGCCGAUGUUGUGAAGAGUGAGAUCCCGACCAAAGACGUCCCCAUUGUCCACACUGAGACCAAGACCAUCACCUAUGAGGCUGCUCAGACUGAGGACAGCAAUGGGGACUUGGACCCUGGAGUCUUGCUGACAGCUCAGACCAUCACAUCGGAGACCACCAGCAGCACCACCACGACUCAGAUUACCAAGACUGUAAAAGGUGGGAUAUCAGAGACCCGGAUCGAAAAGAGAAUUGUGAUCACAGGAGAUGCUGAUAUUGACCAUGAUCAGGUCCUCGUGCAGGCCAUCAAGGAGGCAAAGGAGCAGCACCCAGACAUGUCAGUGACCAAGGUGGUCGUCCAUCAGGAGACCGAAAUCUCUGAGGAAUGAGCUCAGGAAUCGUUUACCCCCAACUCCCUGCCCAUCUCCCAUCCGCGAGAAAUGAUCAAGAAGCUAAACUGCGAUAGUCAGACUUUCAAGAUUAUUAUAAACCACCAGAAAAUUAAUUUCAUUUUCUAUUUGGAGUUUAUACCAACAGAGUCUUCUGGACAUCACCGAUCCUUUUGAAUACCUUUUUCUAUAUUGUGAUACCAGAGAUUGCUCAACUUUUCACUGUCUGGACUGUUUUUAAAGAGCUUUCGGGUUUUCUAUGGGGCGGUUUGUAAUCCCUUCAUUCAGUCCAGCCUCUCCCCAUGUGUUUCCAACCCAGAUACUCACCGGGCCCACAGGAUUCCUCUGGAAAUCCUCCAAAGCCUCCGUCCGCGUGUUGGGGGCAAAGCCAGCUUAAUGGGGCUGCCCUGCUCCUCUUCUAGUUUUAUGCCCUUUGGAUGACAGUGGAAACUUCAAAGAGCAGCCCUUUCUCAGAGCCAAUGAUGUGACUUUACCAGAAUGUCAGGCAGGGUGAGGCCCUGAUCCACAGACCCCAGGAAAGUGUCCCUGUCCCUUUGUGGGGGUGGUUUCGGUGAGGCAGAGGCCUCUGCUGAGAAUGUACUAUUGCUUUUCCUUCCUCCCUCCUGUUCUUUCUUUUCGGAGCUUCUUUAGAUCAGAGACGUAAGAAGUUGCUCAGCUCCAUCUGAUACUGUGAAUGUUUGAACAGACUGUGGCCUUCACCUUCCUGCCCUCCCUCCCCUUUUACCUCAUCAGAAGGAGUGGCUCUGCUAAGUGCUCCCCCACCUCCCAUCUCAGGAGACCAAAACUCACGGAAAAAUAGGCACUUUUGGCUAAGAGCACUAAAGGCACAUUUUUAGUGGUGAUGUGGGCAAAGAAAGCGAAUGAGGUUUUUGAAAGUGUUUCUAGCUCUGGGCUGUGUGCCCCAUACAGGGAAUGGUGGGCAGUCCCUCAGUCAGAGCCUGCUAAGCAAUAUGUCCAGGUGCCGCCCCUGGGCCUCUUCUCUGACCCUGGGAUGAUGAUGGGGAAUGUGACUCGAGAGGAGGUUGUGAUCCUUGACCUGUCUUCUUGCCACCAGCACCUGCCUGCAGACGCCCUUUUGGAUUUUGGGGCAGGGAAGCGGGCUUUUGGGGGCCACUGUGCCCACAAGACCCCACAUGCCCAGGUGUACAAGCACCAGCUCUGCCCAUUCUCACUUCCCAUCUGAGGGCUGUCGGUCAGGGUUUGUGGGCUUGAUUUGUAUGGUGGACUUGGGUUGAACUCUUUUGUUGUGGUUUGGUUUUGAAAAUGAGGCCCGAUGUCUCAAUUCCACCAUUCCAGGUCCAGAUUUGGGGGCAUUUUUAUUUAGUGGGGCUUCUCUAAUCUCCCAGCUUGCUCCCACAAACAGAUCUGCCUGGAAAUCCUUAGCAUCCUAAUUCUGGGACAUCUGUGAAUUCAUGAGGCAGACAGUGGGUCAGAGGCCUGCCCCUGUGCUCCCCACGGCGGGAGCCCGCCGCCUGCGGCCAGUCUCUGCUGGCCAGUUCUGCUUUGGCAGGCGCAGGUGGUUUGAACUUACUUCAGGUGUGUGCAUUUUUCUCUUAAUAGUUAUGUGAGAUUGUUAUGAAGCAACAGGCAGCCCUCCUGGGGAAGGACAGGAAGACCUCAGGUGGGAUGCGUGGCAGGCUUGGGGAGGUAGUCCUGUCUCAGGAACAGACUGAGCGCCUGUGGGCAUAGGUGUCAGUAUGGAUGGGCUUUCUGGUUGGUGCCCAAGCCUGGAUGGUCCAGCUCGCAUCAAACAAGCUUAUGGAAGCUCACUUCCCAGUGGCAGGCAGUUGUGCUGAAAGGCACUGCGGCUCCCAGAGCUGGAACCUGCGGCACGAAGAGCACCGGGGAAAGAAAGCACAGCCAGUGCACUGGGAACCUGGCAGACUCGGUGCUGUCCAGAGCAGUGUGGCGGCUCAGAGCAGGGGCCACAAACCUGGGGCCACACCUUUCCCUCAGCUCUGUCACCAACGGGCUCCCCUUCUCCCUGCUUCCUUUCCUAUGAACUGGACCAGGACAUCUCUAAUGCCCUUCCGGCACCGAGCAGUCAUGAUUUGGACAAGCUAGUGAGAGCGGGGGUCCUUCCCAGCCUCUUCCCCUCUCCUCCUUCUCUGGUAACAGAUCUCGGGGUUGGGCAAUAGUUUGGAUGUUUCCUUCCUGCGGUUGUGUGUGUGUGUGCGCGUGUGUGAAGAAACACAGGCUCUGUCCGGGUGGGAAACAGAGGCAAGGGACUCGGCAGUGGUUUUCCUGAAGUGACUCAGACAUAUCACAGUAACAACUUUAGCUGCAACUUUAUUUUUAUUUCACUUGAGAAAUAAAGACUUCCUCCAAGCCACAUGAGGUCUCUGCCACCCACCCACUCACCAAGCUGGACCUGCGUGUAUAAGCUGAGGGCCCCUGAAGCCGGACUGCAGGGACCUGUGGAGGCACCUCUGCCACCCUUCCCGGGCCCCCCGCCAUGUGUUCUGCAGGACAGCUGAGGGUGACGGGACAGCAGCCACCUGGAGAGACGGAGCCAGAGCUCUGGCCUGACCGACACACGAAAUACCUGCCCAGGACCCUGGCCCCAGGCUGGUGGUCAUACCCAUCUCUCAAAUGUAUUAUUUUGGUGACAAAAAUGAAGGAGCUUUGUAAAAUUUUUAAAAAUUAUGAAUCAUAUCAAGUAGUUGUUUACAUUUCUCGACAAAAUCGGAACUAUGGCAGCAGAAUCAAAUUGGCAAAAUUCUUAGGCUAAACAGGCAAUAAUGAGGUCUGCUGCUUUGGCCUUUCAUAGGAAGAGAACCGUAGUGUUUAGAUACGUGUUUGGUCUUGCUUCUUGUACUGCAUUUUUCAAUAAACUUUUAAAAAAAGGA